AUGGUGCAUAUUCUGGAUUCCGUUUCUUUCUAUUUUUCUCUCCUUCUCUCACUCCCGCUCUCUCUCUCUUCUUCUUCUUCUUCUUCCUCUUCUUCUUCUUCUUCUUCUUCUUCUUCUAUCAUUCUGUCUGUCUGCCUGUUUCUCGCAUACACGCACGCACGCAAUUAUUCAGAAAGAUUAAACCCUAGAGACAGAUUCUUCAAACUGAAUCUCGUUCUCAAUCUAUCUUUUUCAUUGAUUUUUAUUAUAUAUCUUUCUCACCUUCUCUACUUCUCUCUCUCUCUCCCUCUCUAUUUUCCAGUGUAUCUCUUUCUCUUUUUCACAUUGUACCACGUUAUCUCUUUCUCUACUUUACAAUGUAUCUCAUUCUCUCCCACUCAAUCUAUCUUUUUCAUUGAUUUUUAUUAUAUAUCUUUCUCACCUUCUCUACUUCUCUCUCUCUCUCUCUCUCCCUCUCUCUCUAUUUUCCAGUGUAUCUCUUUCUCUUUUUCUCAUUGUACCACGUUAUCUCUUUCUCUACUUUACAAUGUAUCUCAUUCUCUCCCACUCAAUCUAUCUUUUUUCUGUCUUAAUCAAUGUCGUUUUCGCCUUCUUCCCAAAUUUCUGUUUCAUUUAACGCGUCCAAACCUCAUAUUUGAAAUUGUCGCAAGUCUGGAAGGCAACUAA